UUGUUACUUCGCAAGAUGAAGUUACUUGUAGCGUGUUUAUGUAUUGUAGUUACACUGCAGCUAGGUUCUGCAGAUGAUGAAGAGGUAAGCACCAUUGCUUUCCCAGAUGGUUUUAUUUGGGGUUAUGCAUCAGCUGCUUACCAAGUAGAAGGUGGUUGGGACGCAGAUGGCAAAUCUGAAAGUAUCUGGGAUUACGAUGCACACAACAAUCCCAGUUGGUUUCCCGAAGGACAAAAUGGAGAUGUAGCGUGUGAUGCUUACCAUAAAACAGACGAGGAUGUUGGACUUCUAGUUUAUCAAGGUGUAAAAGCUUACAGAUUUUCAAUCUCCUGGCCUAGAGUAUUACCAACAGGUCUUACAGACAAUAUCAACGAAAAGGGAAUUGCUUAUUACAAGGACCUUAUUACCAAACUCAAAGCAAACAAUAUUGAACCUAUCGUUACAAUGCAUCAUUGGGACCAUCCCAGAGCACUGGAAGAACAAGGAGGAUUCCUAAACGACAGUCUAAUUAUUCCUGCAUUUGUGGAUUACGCUACACUACUGUGGGAAAGAUUUGGUGAUGACGUCAAAUGGUGGACCACUUUUAACGAACCCAAACAAACUUGUGCUGGAGGUUACGACUCUGGUGGUAUUUCUCCCCAAAAGAGAUAUUCGGGUAGAGGAGGUUAUAUUUGUGCUCAUAACGUAUUGAGAGCUCACGCCAAGGCUUACAGAGUGUACGAUGACAAGUUUAGAGCUACUCAAAAUGGAAAGGUAUCGAUGGUUAUUGACACUUCAUGGCACGGACCUGCUUCCAAUUCUACUGAAGACAAAAUAGCCUCAGAGCGUCAGCUUUUGUUCAAUUACGGAUGGUUUGCCGAUCCAAUUGUAUUUGGUGACUAUCCAGACUUGAUGAGACAAAGAGUUGACGAAAGAAGUAAAUUACAAAAUCUAACAGAAUCACGUCUUCCAACCUUUACUGAUGAAGAAAAAGCAGAAUUAAAAGGUAGUUAUGAUUUCCUGACAAUUAACAUGUACACCACUGAUUUGGCAAAAUGGCGCGAUGACGAUCCCGUUGGAGACCCCAGCAUAUACGACGACACUGGUGUCACAACUUACCAACCAGACGACUGGGAAAAAACAGUAUCAAACUGGUUCAAGGUUGUUCCAUGGGGUGCUCGUGCUUUGGUCGUAUGGAUCAAGAACAGGUAUGGAGAUGACAAAGGUAUCAUGGUAACUGAAAACGGUUACCAUGACAACGGCAACAAUCUAACUGACUUGGGCUCUAGAGGUCGUUACCACAAGUUAUAUUUGAGCAACUUGAAUGAUGCCAUAUAUCAAGAUGGGGUAAAUUUGAUUGGUUACAUGGCAUGGAGUUUGAUGAAUGACGUGGAAUGGUAUGCCGGUUGGUUAGUCAAUCUGGGUCAUUACCAUGUUGAUUUUGACAGCGACAACAGGACAAGGACUCCAAAAGAAUCGUCAGUAUAUUACAAACAAGUCGUAACAACAAAUUGUCUUGUGGAGAGUUGUACAGCUUCGCCCAUAAAAUUGAACUUAAAUUAAACUUAUUUUUUAUAAGCAAAGUCACUUAAAUAACAACUGUGAAGCAGCGUCAAAAAGAAAGACACCUAUUU